AUGGCACUUACGAAAGCAUUGGAAGCUCAAGUAGAUAGCUUCAUCUUGAGGUUGAAAACUAGAGAGAUCAUUGGCUCAUAUGAAGUAGCCAAGGAAACUGCCAUCAUCCUUAGACAAGCCGUUUCCACUACUCGCUGGUAUAAUGUUGAUCUCUUGAUUGAGUUUAUCACUGAAUUGGGUAGUCGACUCGUUGCUGCUCAACCCAAAGAGUUGGCUGUUGGAAACAUUGUGCGCCGUGUGCUGAAAAUCAUUCGUGAGGUUGCUCAUGGCGAAUUAGAUCAUUUGAAUAGUGGAGACAUGACAGAGAAUGACGAGGAAGAUGAGGGUGACGAGAAAGACGAUGAUUUUGAGCAAGACGACAGUGAUUUUUCACAUGAAGAAGAAGAAGAAGAAGAAGAAGAGCCUCGCCAAACCAAAACCAACAUCAACAUUCAAUUAAACGAACAUCCACUCUUGUCUCAAUCUUCCAUGUUCAACCUUUUAUCUGAUGGACCCAACACAAAGCACCAUCAUCAUAGCCACCAUCACCAACAGAGUGGACAAGUAUCUGCGCACCAUGUCAAGAAGACCACUUACAAUCUCAAGCCAUUGAUCAUCCAGGAAAUCAACGACGAAGUGAUUGCUGAUUUGGAGAGUGUAUACAAGGGCAUUGCUGAUCAAGCGACUGAUUUUAUCCAUGCCAACGAGGUGAUCAUGACCAUUGGCAAAUCUCGCACUGUGGAAGAGUUUUUGAAAAGAGCAGCACACAAACGUAAAUUUCAAGUCAUUGUUGCAGAAACUUCACCUACAUAUCAAGGCCAUGAAAUGGCUCGCAGUUUAUCAGCUGCCGGCAUUGACACCACUGUCAUUUCGGAUUCUGCCAUCUUUGCAGCAAUGCCUAGAGUAAACAAGGUCGUUCUUGGAUCCCACGCUGUCUUGGCUAAUGGUGGAUUAGUAGCUGUUACAGGAUCUCAUUUAUUGGCAGCAGCAGCUAAGCAUCAUUCGACACCUGUCUUGGUUUGCACAGCGCUUUACAAAUUAUCUCCUCUCUUUGCGUAUGAUUCCGAUACCUUCAAUGUCACUGUAAGCCCUCAUAGCGUUCUGCAGUUUCAAGAAGGAUCCAUCACAGACAAGGUUACAGUCUCCAAUCCUUACUAUGAUUAUGUGCAGCCAGGAUUAGUCAGUUUGUUCAUCCAUAAUUUAGGAUCUGCACCACCCACUUAUGUGUAUAGACUCAUCAAUGACAACUAUGAUCAAGAAGACACUACACUGUAA